GGAUCUCGGACGGGAAGAACAUACGCCCGAGAAAACGACGGCCGCCAAUAUUACUUCCACUUCCACUACUGCCGCUGCUGCCAGCACGGCAAACAGUUACUCCCGGAACAAGUCGACCACACGCAGCUGGCCGGUAAUACACCGGAACAAUUCCUACUACCGCUACCAAACAUCGAGCGGCAGUGGUGGUGGUGGUGCUGGUGGUGCCAGCGGUGGCGGUGGUGGCCUUCAAUUCUCGGCCAAUCGAAGACAACCCAUCGCAUCGCAGCACCAGCAACAGCAGCACGGUUAUCUGCAGUACGACUACGAUGCGCCCCUGCUACAGCACGGCGUAAAUUACUGCCCACCCAAUGAUACGAACAACAAUACGCUGCUCGGUUACGGCACUGCAAACGCAUCGGGCAACGACUACCAUCUGCUAGCGAGCGGCCACCACUACCCAUCCUCCGGUGCCGGGCCACCACCGGACAAGUCUCCCAGUAUCGAUAGUUGUUACUAUUAUCAGCACUACGGUAACAUGCAACCGUCGGCAACCACCACCAUCAUGGCCACCAGCAGUGGUGUAGCCACUACCACCACCACGACCAACAGCAGCGGACCAGCCGGCCACCAACAGACACCAUCCGGCAACGGGACGUGCUGCUCGAUACCGCCACCGAUUAUGUUCCUCUUCCUGACGCUGCUCAUGACUUCGAGUGCUACCGCUAUGCUUUGUGCUGCCAUUAUGACCGAUCACUGGGAGCACGUGUCCUGGGAUCGUAACAGUCUCGAUCGGAUCAGCAACGAAACCGCGAUCGAGCUGCACUGGUAUUUGGACGGACGGGCAGCAAAGAUACCGCUUAAAGGCAAAGGUCUGCCAACGAAACAUCACCCACAUCAUCAUCAUCAACAGACUGGACUGAAAGGAGGGCCGGCUACACCAUCCCCGGUAGUUACCGAUAAUCGGGCAGGCGUUUUUCUCGUUCCGAUGAACGGUGGCAUCUGGACGCUGUGCAUCGAUUUGACGCCCGAAGAGAUACGGACCAUGUCGAACGAUGGCUUCCCGCAGGUGGAUCAGUGCGUUAACUAUCUCGCCGGUACGAUGGAAAGCGCACAGGGCAACGAUGAGGAUGCGAGGGCCGAUUGGCAACACAGUGAGUCCCAGGCGUCCUUACAUCCGCAUUUAAGAAUGCAGAAUCUAUCGAUUUCCUGCUCGCUGGUGUGUCUAAUCAUACUCGGUAGCGCUGCACUGGUGGGCGCAUUCGGUGUUUGCCAGCGUCAAAUCAGUGCCGUACUGGUGACAGGCGUAAUGUACCUGCUGGCAGCCCUCUUUGCCCUGUUCACGCUGAUGAUCAUCCACUUCAAGCGACAGCAGGGACGACCACUGCUCGACAGUGACUUUGACGGUACCAUCGAUGGUGUGGUGGCCAUCAAGGGUACCGCUAGGGCCGCAUCGAAAUUUCUCGGAGCCCGAAUAUUCGUAACCGCUUGGAGCCUGGACCUGGGCUGGGGCGGUGUGGUCCUUUGCGCCUUCACCUCGUUCCUGUGGAUUUUGCUCUCGAAAAUCAUGCGCUUCAAUCCGUUGUCGGCAAUGAUUUGAUGAUUCAAAUUUAAGUUCAACAAGGUCGCCGUUUACAAUAUAACCU